GAUAAUUAUUUUAUUAUUUUGCACAGUUACAACACUCUUCCUUGUUUUCCUCCAUAAUUUACUUCAAAACUUCAAUGUCACUUUUUCCUCUUGAGAACAAUCCUGAUGUUUUGAACCAAUACAUUAAACGCCUGGGGGUCGAGAGACCGAUGCUCCAUUUUGUCGAUGUUUAUGGUGUAUCCGAGGAGUUGCUUUCGAUGGUUCCUGGGCAAGCUUUCGCAGUUUUACUGGUUUACCCAAUCACACCCAAAUCUGAAUCGAGCCUCUGGAAAGUGUCUAAGGAGCAGGAACAGGAGGUGGAGAACCUCAUGAAAAGUGCUCCAAUUUUUUUCAUGAAACAGGAGGUGGUGAAUAGCUGUGGUACUGUCGCUCUGUUGCACGCUCUGCUUAACAACUAUGAUUCCAUUGGCGGUGUCAAGGAAGGCAGUCUUUUGGCGCAGUUGUAUAGAGAGAACCAAUACCUUGAGCUGCGAGACAGGCCUAAGAAGAUAGGGAACCUUGUGAAGGACAACAAACUUCUAACGGCUAUUCAUUCCGAAACCGCCUUCGAAGGUGAUACAGAGAAUCAACCCAUCGACACCAGUAUUGACCUACACUUUUCUUGUUUUGUAUGGUCGUGGGACUACUGCGUCGAGUUGGAUGGACGGAAGGAGCAACCUAUUCUUCAUGGAACGUGUCGCUCCCGUGACGAAUUUUUACAAGAAACUGCUAAAGCAAUACAAAAACGCAUGUCUUUACAUAGUAGCUUGCACGCCUACAGUAUCACGGCACUUGUCCCCAUACCCAUAUAAGUCAAUUUUUCUUUGUGGUAUUAAUAUUUCGAAGAGUCAUGGUUAUCAGAUAAUUUUUACGCCACCAAGUCCUGGAAAGUUUUAAGAAUGUCAUUCAGAAUAUAUUGUACACAUUUUGUAGUAUUUUGGUUAUCUUAUUUUGUGUGGAUCGUUCUCCAUCACAGAUAUUGUCCAUACCAAUUGCUCUGACCUGGUAGUUAUUUCUUUUAAGCAGCGAGUACAGUUCAAAUCAUUUGGGAAAGGGUAAUAGAAAAAGAAAACAAAAAAGGUUGAUGCCGUUGUGGGUAAUGCUUUCCUUCCUUUCCCUA